CGGAAAGGGUCCUUUCGCUUUGACGAAGCGCUGAGGCAGGCUGCUGUUAGGAGCAGCGGCAGCGGCAGUAGAUGCUGUCCUGUCCCAUCACCAGUUCACACCUAACGCGGCAGCAGCGCACCGCUCCUCAGGAACCAGCACCAUGGCAGCCAGGCUCAAACCCGCAAUCUGAGCAGCACCGAGCACGAGACUGGCGCAGUGAGCAGCUGGGCGUGGAGACACUCAAUUGCAACUGCAAACACACGCAAGCGCGAACGCAGGGUGCUGGCGGGGGGGUGGGGGGGGGAGACGAAUAUUGCAGCUCCAAGCAGAACGCCGACGGAGGUGAACUCCACCACGCAACGGAACUGCGCUAUUCACUCCCAGAAAAGCGUCCCACUCGGACAUCCGUGAGAGGAAAAGUCAACUCACGCCAUAAACAUGUCAUCGUCGGGCAAGGACGCCAACAGCGGGCAUUACGCCAACUAUGUGGGACCGUACCGUUUGGAGAAGACACUGGGCAAAGGACAGACAGGCCUGGUGAAACUUGGCAUCCACUGUGUCACAUGUCAGAAAGUCGCCAUAAAGAUUGUCAACAGAGAAAAGCUCAGUGAGUCUGUUCUUAUGAAGGUGGAGCGGGAGAUAGCCAUCCUCAAACUCAUAGAACACCCCCACGUUUUAAAGCUGCACGAUGUCUAUGAAAAUAAGAAAUACCUAUAUCUUGUGUUAGAGCACGUGUCCGGAGGGGAGCUUUUUGACUACCUGGUGAAGAAGGGGCGGUUAACGCCGAAAGAGGCCAGAAAGUUCUUCAGACAAAUUAUCUCAGCGCUGGACUUCUGCCACAGCCACUCGAUAUGCCACAGAGAUUUGAAGCCAGAGAACUUGUUGUUAGAUGAGAAGAACAACAUCAGGAUAGCUGACUUUGGCAUGGCGUCUCUGCAGGUCGGGGACAAUCUGCUGGAGACCAGCUGUGGAUCCCCACACUACGCCUGCCCAGAGGUCAUCAGAGGGGAGAAGUAUGACGGGAGGAAAGCAGACGCGUGGAGCUGUGGAGUCAUCCUGUUUGCACUUUUAGUGGGCGCCCUGCCGUUUGAUGACGACAACUUGAGGAAUCUUCUGGAGAAGGUGAAGCUGGGCGUUUUCCACAUGCCUCACUUCAUUCCUCCAGACUGUCAGAACCUACUGCGUGGCAUGAUUGAAGUGGAUGCCAGUAAGAGGCUCACGUUAGAGCAGAUCCAGAAGCACACGUGGUACCUAGCCGGAAAAAACGAGCCCGAACCUGAGCAGCCAGUCCCGAGGAAGGUGGCCAUCAGGAUGCUGGCUUCAGUCGAGGAGAUUGACCCUGAUGUCCUGGAGAGCAUGCACUCCCUGGGCUGCUUCAGAGACAAGGACAAACUGACCAAAGACCUGCUGACCGAGGAUGACAACCAGGAAAAGAUGAUCUACUUCCUUCUGCUGGAUCGUAAGGAGAGAUAUCCCAGCCAUGAGGACCAGAACCUGCCUCCACGAAGUGAGAUCGCAGACCCUCCCAGGAAGCGAGUGGACUCUCCCAUGCUGAGUCGUCAUGGCAAACGGAGACCGGAGAGGAAGUCCAUGGAGGUGCUGAGCGUCACAGAGGGAGGGUCUCCUGUACCGGUACGGCGGGCCAUCGACAUGGCAACCCACGGACAGAGCAAAUCUGUUUUCAGUAAAAGCUUGGAUAUCACAAACGCUAACUGCAGCAAGGAAGAAAGAUCGCGAUCGAUCAGCGGAGCAUCCUCAGGUCUGUCCACCAGUCCUCUCAGCAGUCCCAGGCCCACUCGCCGAUUUUUCAUCCCCCCACAGUCCCCAGACUUGUGUCAGUCCCCUAACUGUAGCCCCACCCACUCCUCUGAAGUCCGCCUCAACGGGGUGGGGCCUCGUAUUCCCAAUUCAUACCACCCUAAGAUGGGGUCUCCCCUCAUGCACCCACGCACACAGACUCUUCCUGCCAAGCCCAAAGUAUUGGAGAAGCCCUUGCAGACCACCAGGUCCAACCCACUUCCCAACUCAGCCCAGAUCCCCACAACCCCCAAAUCUGAGCCCUCCACGCCCUGCCAGCCUCUGGCUCCCUGUAUCCCCAACAGUCCACGGGUGAGACGCCACCCUCCCCUGACCGUGCCCCCCAAACUCUCUAUCCCUCUCUCCCCUGUCCCACCUAUGUCACCCUUCCGCCGCCACCACCUCCACCCUGACCACAACGGCAAAUCUGUCCCAAUCACGCAGGUGACCCCUCACCCCUCCCCAAGAGGGAGCCCUCUCCCCACCCCCAAAGGCACCCCGGUGCACACGCCCAAGGACAGCCCAACCGGCACACCCAGCCCGACGCCCCCGCCAAGCCCAUCCAUCGGAGGCAUGCCCUGGAGGACACGCCUCAACUCCAUCAAGAACAGCUUCCUGGGCUCACCUCGGUUUCACCGCAGGAAAAUGCAAGUUCCCACCCAGGAGGACAUGUCCAGUCUCACCCCAGACUCUUCUCCAGAAUUGGCUAAGAAGUCCUGGUUUGGCAACUUCAUCAAUCUGGAGAAAGAGGAGCAGAUCUUCAUAGUGAUCAGAGACAAACCUCUCAGCUCCAUAAAGGCUGACAUUGUCCACGCCUUCCUCUCUAUCCCCAGUCUGAGCCACAGUGUCAUCUCCCAGACCAGUUUCCGUGCAGAGUACAAGUCCACAGCUGGUCCGACCGUUUUCCAGAAACCUGUAAAGUUUCAGGUGGACAUCACCUUCACUGAGAGCUCUGGCGCCACCAAGGAGAACGGCAUCUACUCCGUUACUUUCACCCUGCUCUCAGGUCCCAGCCGACGUUUCAAGCGCGUGGUCGAGACCAUCCAGGCUCAGCUGCUCAGCUCUGACCAGCCCGGCGUCCAGCCCCAGAUCUCUGAUGGCUCUCAGCACCCAGCGUCUUUGUCCAGUAAAUCCUCCAAGCGUGGCAGCCCGUUGAGUAACUUCUUUGACGUAAUUAAACAGCUUUUUUCAGACGAGAAGAACAUCCAAGUGUCCCACCCCCCUGGCACCCCCGCCACGUCUAGCUCCCCUGCCAAGCAUGCCCCCAGCAGCAAGCCCACCCAGGCCCCGCCCACUGACUCUAAAUGCCCCUCCAGCAAAGACAAAACAAAGAUGGCUGCCAGCAACAGGACACAGGAACAACCUUAAGGAGUGGUAGCUGUGCAUGAGUAGACGACAAGCAGUUAUCAGGUCAUUAACCAGAGAGCGACAGAGAGCUGCUGACUCAGCCCUUUAGAUAAGAAUGAAAAGAAAAAAAAAACAAAUCUACUUUUUGCCUAUUAAAUUUUGUACUGUAUAACAGGAAUGGAUCUUUCAGUUUAAAAGUUGAUCAGUAUUUUACAAUAAGUAGCAGAUGUAGCUUUGUUGUCCCUACCCUCUGUCCCUACUCUCGUGUCCCCGGGGGUCUGUGAGUGGGUGUGUGUCCUCGUCACAUGUGUGAUGGCUUGACUUGUCUCCCACCAGGGAUCAUCCGUAAUAAUUAUUAACCUUGGUGGCUCUUCGAGGCUGGCCGACAGUGGCCCGCUCACGGCCCGCCACCACCAAGAGAGUCCGCAUCGAAAGAAAAGACAGGAGACUGCCAUCCUCCCUCCCCGCAUCCCCCAUUUGUGUCCUUUCUCCAGCCGCAUCAGUAGAGUCCACUUGGCCCCACCAGACCAAACACAGAGACAUCUCAAAAGAGUUGUAAAAGGAAAAAAAAAAAAAAAAAAAGCCUUAAGACAGUGAUGUUUGUCAAUCUACGUACACAUCCCCCCUUUUCUCUUUCUCCCCCAUGUACAUAAAACACUGACACUGUAUGUACUCCUCGACACAAACACCACUUCUUUGCGGGAUGUAAUGACUUGCACGCGGAGACAAAACGGGAUCAGGAAGCAGUGGAAUAAAAGUGGAGAUGAGACGGAGGAACGCCGGCUGGAUUGUAGUUCUUUUGAUCCGUGUCUUUCUGUGGGAACGGCUUUUCUUUUCUUUUCUUUCUUUCUUUUUUUUAAGAUCACACAGGUGUUUCUGGAAAAAAAAAAAAAAAAACGCUGUUGAAGUUAAGUGUUUGCCCAUAAAGGUGUUAAGAGCACUGGAGUGAUACUUCAUAAAUGAAUGAUCUAUUUUGUUGUACAGACUAAAUAAUGUUCCGUAUGUACAAAAAGUGUAGUUAUGACAUGUUUUUCUUGAGUUGCGUUGCCAUAUUUUAGUUUGGGAUCCAGCACAGGCCCGGUCACACCAGCAUCCAGAACAGUCAGGUGAGGUAGUGACAUCUACCCUCGCAAUUUGUUUUUUGUGAACUUUUGUGAACUUUUGUGAACAUGUAACAAACUCUCUCAAGAAGAUCUGUCAAAUGCACAUUUGGGUAACACUUUAGAUUAGGGAACACAUAUUCACCAUUAACUAGGUGCUUACUAACAUGCAUAUAAGUAGCAUACCAGACCUUUAAUAGUAGUAAUUAUUAAGCACAUAUUAACACCUUAAUCAGGAACAAUCUUAAUUCAUGUCGUAAUAGAGUUAGAAUAAGGUUAUGUAGAAUAACAUGCUUAAUCAUUACUAAUAAAGGGCUAGUGUGCUAUUUAUGCAUGUUAGUGAGCACCUAGUUAAUAGUGAAUAUGUGUUCUCUAAUCUAAGUGUUACCCAGAUUUGUUUUGUUUCGUUUUUUAGCUCGUCUUUCCGAAUAAAAGUUCUCCACCAAAGAGUCGAGCUCAUUUCAUGUUCUUCCAAACUCUUUCUGUAUGCAUGUGCGUUCAGUUUAUCAUAGCGAAGGAUCUUUAUUGUCAUUAUACAUCUGAAAUUGCACAAUGAAACGCAAAGGUCCCAGAUCGGUAAUCCAACCGGCACCUUCUUGCUGUGAGGCAAUAGUGCUAACCACGAAGCCGCCCUGCCACAAGUGUGAAACAAUGGACACUUCAGCAGCUCAGCAACGAAACUACAGAAUCAACGUAGUUUAAAAUUGGUAAAAAGAAAACAGUGACUGAGGAAGUAAAUGUCUUACUUUUAUAGAUUAAUAGAGAAAAUAUUGCAGAGAUUAACUGAUAAUGAAAGUAACUGUCAGCUGAGCUCAGAAAAGCUGAACUGAACUUCAAGGAAAACAUGUUUCACUGAUGAAUGUUGCUACGUUCUGUUCUGGUGUGACCGAGCCUCAUCAAUGAAAGGUCUCUUUUUGCUUUUGCACUUUUGACAAGUGAAGUUUUUUUAGUUCAUUGUUUUUUAUUUCUGUUUUUGUUGUUUGAAUUAUCUGCAGGUUUCAGACAAUAUUGAACUGCUGUGUAUAUUUUUGUACUUUAAUGUAUUUUGUCUUUUAUUUCCUCUCUUGUUUUUAAUUAUUCUGUUAUUUAUAUGAAAGAUGUAGAGAAUGUUUCUGAAUGUCCAAUUAUUUAAAGAUAUUUUUGUCAUGUUUAAGUUAUUUGAUCACUGAAAAAUCUUGAAACAUGUGUGGGUGUUUGUUCUUUUCUUUUUUCCUCCCACCUUUUGACAAGAGAAACCUUGUAAUAUACGUUCGGAAGAGGAUUUACCGUAAUUUACGAAUGUAGAUGUAGCCUCUUUGAGAGGACCAAACCCUUUGUUGAUAACUGUCUGCUCCCUCCCCCCUGUGUGUAUGAUGACUCAGAUUUCACCAAACACUCAUUUUGUAAAUAAGCCAAGUUUACUGACAAGCUUAUUAAAAAAACAAGGGGAUUCCUACUCUUAGCUUUGACCUUGUACGGUUGUUUGCAUGUUCAGCAUUUGUCUUUUCUUUGCAUGUCGUCGUUGGAAUUCUUCUCCUGUUUCCUUUUUCUCCUCACACUUAUUUAUGUAUUUAUGUUAUUUAUUUGAAUUUGUUUCGUUUCCCCCCUUUUCCCCCCCCCGCCUCGUCAUUCUCUUGCCCUCCUCCUCCUCCUUCUUCUGGAUUACUGUGCACACACAGUAACCGUGCAAUGCAUCCUCCUAAUUCAUUCUCUCAAAGAGGGACCUCACUGGCGAUCGGGUCGCUCACUCAGAGCAGCUGAGUGGGUGUUGGAUUAUCAGAGAGAUACGUAUAUUAAAGCAAUACCUUCCAUUGUUCGCUUUUCUCUUUUUCUACUGUGGGAAUCCAGAGCACACAGAAUGGACUCGGAGCACGGAGCGCUACUACUGAGCAGGAUAACCACUGGCAAUGUAUUCCCUUGUGAUGUUACUGUGAACAACUUCAAUGCUAAAGGAAAUAAAUCUGUUGACUUUGAA